AUGGGCUUCUUCAACUACUUCACAUCCAUAUCGCUCCUCCUCUACCAAGUAGCAGCCAAAAGCGCACCAACUGCUGAAACCCCCAACGGAACCUACAGCGGCCUCUACUCCCAAUCCUUCAACCAAGACCUCUUCCUGGGAAUUCCAUACCUCCAGGCGCCCGUCGGCAACAGACGCUUUCACCCAGCAGACAGCCUCACUGAUACCUGGAAUGGAACCGUCGCGGCAACAUCAUACGCACCGUCAUGCGUCGGUUAUGAUACCUCCGUCGACGCAAGUGAGAUGUCUGAAGACUGUCUUUAUCUCAACGUGAUCCGAUCGCAUGCUGUCUCCGUCUCUGCGAAGUUGCCUAUUGUUGUCUUCCUGCAUGGUGGUGGCUUUUCUGGUGGCAGUGCUAGUGAAAGUCGUUACAACUUGUCUUACAUCGUCGACCGCUCGACAGAGCUAAGUCAGCCAAUUCUCGCCGUUAGCUUUAACUACCGUCUCAGUGCUUGGGGCUUCAUAUACAGCAAUGAGGUCAGAGACACCGGCGCUACCAACAUCGGUUUGCGAGACCAGCGCUUCGCACUGGCUUUGAUUCAGGAGAAAGUUGCCGGGUUUGGAGGUGACCCGGCCAAGGUCACGCUCUGGGGACAGGACUCCGGUGCAUUUAGUAUUGGGUUCCAGAUUACGGCGUACGAAGGCCGCAAUGAUAGUCUUCUGCGCGCUGCCAUCAUGGAAAGCGGGAACCCGACGCCCAUGCAGGGAUUGAACGGGACGCAGUACUACCAUCCCAUCAAUACCUGCUUUGAUGCGACGGACCGGAUGAAUUGUCUUCGGAGUGCUAGCUUCUCUGAUAUAAAUGAAGCGAUCAACUCGACGAGUCUGCGAGGAUGGUUUCCAGUUAUUGAUGGAAACAUCGUGACUCACCAGGCUAGUCGGUCUUUGUUUACGAAGAAGUAUCUCAGUGUUCCUAUAAUUCUGGGUGCGAACACGGAUGAGGGUUCGUUUUAUAUGCCGAAUAGCAAUAUUACGACUGAUGCUGAGUUUGUGGAUUUGAUUGCAAGUAUGUUUAGCCUUCACCUCUUCCUCCUGUUGAGCGCAUGCUAA